CUUGACGCUGUCGACACACAUGCGGAUCCUGGCCGCAACCCUCGCGCUCGCGGUGCUUUCAACGCCCACGCAUGGGUGUGCCCAAGACGCGGACACCGACUACUUUGGCAAUGACAUUGGGUCCGUCGCCCGCGCAAACGCGGGCGACUGCUGUGCGGACUGCAGUGCGCGGGCCGACUGCGUCGGCUACGUCUGGGCAAACGGCGUGUGCUGGCUAAAGAACAAACUCGCGGCCCGGUCGUACAAAGCGGGCGCCACGGCUGGCUACAAAGCGAGCUCGUGCUCGGCGAUCGAAGAAAACACCGAUUACUCGGGUUUUGACGUGGCGUCGACGAAACGUGCUGAUGCGUCGUUGUGCUGCGACGACUGCACGGCCAACCCGAAGUGCUCCGUGUUUGUCUGGUCGGCGUAUCAAGGAGGGACGUGCUGGCUCAAGAGCCAAAAGGGGCCGCGGGUGGCAUCCACGGGAGCCCGUGCCAGCUCGCGCACGACCUCUGGACAAUGUGGGGCCAUAGAGGACAACACAGACUACUGGGGCAACGACGUCGCAUCGACCACGCGAGCUUCUGCCGACCAGUGCUGCGACGACUGCGCGGCGAAUUCGCAGUGCUCCGUAUUUGUCUGGUACGGUGGGACGUGCUACCUCAAGAGCCAAAAGGGUGGCCGGUCGACGUUGGCAGGGGCCAAGGCCGGGUCCGUCGGGUCCCAGUGCACGCCGAUAGAAGCCAACACAGACUACUUUGGAAACGACAUCGCGUCCACGUCCCGCGCAAACGCGGGCGACUGCUGUGCGGACUGCGUUGCCAACCCGAAUUGCGUCGUCGCCGUGUGGUACCAAGGCACGUGCUGGCUCAAGAAUGCCAAAGGCGCGUCGUCGUCGUCGAACGGCGCGUAUGCUGUGACUGUUCGCGGCCGCACGUCUCCGUCGCCGCCUCCUUACACCAAGCCCCCGCCUCCGAUGCAAAACGUCCAGGCGCAGUUCGCAUACCCCAAGUCGUGGAAGGCUGGGACGUACGACAUGGUGACGAGCUUGCAGGGGUGCCAGAAGCGGUCGGUGUACAGCCAAGGCACGAUCGCGCCGUAUCAUGAAGAAGUGAGCAUGAGUUUCCGCGGGCCCAUGGACAUUUACGACAUCAGCGUGUUCCAGUCGACGGGGGCCAAGUGGGUCCGGUCGUCCAAGUACAGCGCCGCCAGCGGUGUGUCGAACAACCUGGCGUUCAUGACCAACUCCAACCCGGACAAGUUCAACGGCGGAUCGCCGCAGGGGUACGCGGCAGCAGACGGCGUCGGGUUCUCGCCGAACCCGGUCCAGUUUGGCGGAUGGCUCCGAGACGCGUCCAACCCGUCCGACGUGUACGGGGGACCUGGCGUUGCGACGGGGGCGGAGGUCAACAUCAUGCAAGCAUCGCGGUGCACGGCAGACUCAUGCCUGGGGUACUUUCCUCCGACGUACGGGCUCCACGGGUGGGGCGGGAGCAAGAUCUUUGUCACCAAGGUCCGAUUUGGCGCGGGCGGGAUCCCCGCGAUUUGGAUCUUGAACGCUCAAGUGCUUCGAUCGAACCAGUAUGGAUGCAACUGCCGCGGCCGUGCCGACCCCGGUGGAUGCGGCGAACUCGACGUUGCCGAAGCCAUCUACGCCGGGACCAACACCAUUGCCACGCACAACUACUUUUUGAAUGCGAACCCAUCGCCCGGCCACGACACGUGGACGACGCGGCCAACGAACGGCGCCGCCACGUUCGUCACGAUCCUCGACGAAGCCUCGGGGUCGAUGAAGAUUCUGAAGUUUGGCGACAGCGACUACAAAUACUUUGAUACGGACGAGCUCAGCAACGACAAUGUCGCCAAGCUGGUUGCGUAGAUGCGCGAUUCUAGAUGUGUCGAGUUGGUAGGAUUAACUAGACGAACAACACUGUUCAAUGGCGAAAGGCGACGACAGACAUGCGCCAUGCUGUCGCGGGGGUAUCCUUGGCCCUGGAACGGCGGCCAUCGCUUCAGUCACUUCGAAGAGUUGGCAUGGAGCCAGGACAAUGCAGUCUUGCUCCAGUGGCGACGGGCCUUGGACAACCUGGUGCUGGUGGAAGCUCCCCACAAGGAACGUGCAGCGGGGAGAGGCUUCGACGACAGCAUGGCCUCCAACGGCAAUGGGGCAGGAUCAGUUGGAUGGCUGUGCAGCUUGGCAAUGGCUCCAUCUCAACCUGUCCCUGCCCUCAUGCCCUGCACCUGUUUCCUGCACCUGUUUCCUGUCCUUUGGCACUGACAAUCCCGUAUACCUUGCCGUGGCUGCGAAAGAUUUAACACAUUGAUCCUGUUUAAUUGUCGUCGCCGCCGUCCAAUUCGUAUUGCUGCACUCGCCCGUGUCGUGCCCACAGCUUAUCUCGAUCUGCUCCGUCGGGAUCGGCCACGAGUCCGCGAACGAGAUCGGGACCUCGACCGGCUUUUGCUUCGAUCGCCGCCUCCCUUCUUUUCGUCGUCACCGUAUGUGUUGUAGUGCCGCUCCAGCUCAAUCAUCAUUGCGCGCGACACCAUCUUGAUGUGCAUAAAGUUGCAGUACCCGCCACGGUUGCACGUGCCUUCGUCGAACUGGCGACACCUUGCCUCCCGAAAGUCGGUAACGGGGGAGUACUCGCACAUGAUGGGGCGGCCGCCGUAGAACCGACCGUAUAGCGCCGUAUGCGCAGCGGCAGCACACUCUUCAUCUUCAAAUUUCGCGUACACGUUUCCCACUAAGUGGUCGCCGAGGUUGUCGCACACGUUCAGCUCCUCAAGCUUGCCGAAUUUGCACAGCUCUUCAAACACUUCUUCGAAAAAGUCCUCAAAGUCUUCGUCGACGGUCUUUUGGUCAAGCUGGUUCGGGUCGCCGUUUGCCGCAAUCACUGUCGACAGCGGGUUCUGGUACAUGUGCUUAACCAAGAGGGUCUGGGAGAACACAGGUUUGUUGUGGGAGCGGGAGCAACGGUCACCGUGCCGGCACGCGCCAAUCUUAAAGUAGAAGGGGCAAUUCACCCGAUCUUCUUCUGUGCCGUGGAUGCGAGCCAAGUGCUCGGCACCACCACCGGUGGCAUCGCCUCGUCGAUCACGGAACCCUCCGCCCAUGCGGCCCCUGUUGUCUCCUCUGUACCCUCCUCCGCCGCCGCCGUAGUCGUUGUACCUGCUCAUCCCUCGCCUGCCUUCUUCAACCAAACGCCA